AUGAGUUUAUGGUCUUUAAAAUAACAAAAAUUGGAUUAAAAAUCAGAAUUUUACCAUAUUUCUUUGUAGGAUAUUUCUCGACUGGAAUAAAUAGAGUGUUUAAAUAAAGUAAAGAAAAUUUUCAUAACUUUUGAUUCAUUAAGCAAGCAGAAAGCCUUAGAGAUACUUACAAGCUAAUUUAUGUAAUCAGAAAUAUUUAUUACAAAUAAAAACUUUGAAUGGAAAAGAACAUUUAAUUAGAAUAACUAAUAUUAGACUUUAACUUUUUGUGAUAAUAAAAAUGACCAAUAAGAUAAAUUGAUUUUUGAAAUUUCAAAUAUCAAUCAGAAAUAAGUAAACAAGCAUACUUAGAUAUGUUUCGUUUUCUAUCAAAUAGCAAGUAUUUAAUUGAAAUUAAAGUACUUGAAAAUAAGAUGCCUUUAGGCUAAUUUUUUUAUUUCAAGUAUACUUACUACGAUUAGAUGUUCGUUGAGUAAAUUAAAAGAACCUUUUUAUAAAUAAUUUGUUUCGAAGAGUAGACAAAGAUAUUGUCAAUUAACCCUUAAAUGGUAUUUUACGAUUUGUUUGAAGAUUAAAUAUGAAAAUUAAUUUUAAUUAAGUAUAAAAAUAUGUAUUUUAUAUUCAUUCAAGAAUGUUGUUAAUUCAUCUUUUUUUCUUCAUUCUUAUGAAUUUUCAUAUAAUUAAUUUUUUAUUUAAAUUAGUAUUAUUGUUAUUCUCUGA